GCUGCGAUUGGUUUGCGCCUUUUGCGCACGGAUUUCAAAUAAGAAGCAGCAACUGGCGGAUUUUCAUUUGUGGAGCAUUUUAUUUGGGUAGAGGGGGAAAGUUAGCUCAGCGGCUAAAACGAGGGAAGCAAGUCCGCUUUGGAUAACGAUAUCAACAAGCUUAAGAAAUCUACAUACUGCACAGUGUUUAUGUUUCACUGUAAGACAGUCAUCAUGAAAUGCCCUCGCUACGAGGCUACCAGGGCCAACAAAAUGGAGAAAAGCUCUGCUGCUGUGGCAUCUGCAGAGUCUAAGACGCUUCACCUCAAAGCUUCCCCAGUGAAAGAGCCCACCCUCAUCAAACCUCAGUGUCCACCUGCAGGAGUGACUUCAGUGUUCGCUCUCAACAACAACAACAUCAAAGCAGUCCAUAACAAGGAAUACAGCACCAGUGGGGAGAAUGACCGGACUCUGGAUGAAGGGUUUGAGGACAGUGGCUAUCUGUCUCUGCACACCAGUCAGAUUGAUGAUCACCAUGGGGAUGAAGAGAAUGACCAAAUCCAGGGAAAACCCACAGCACCCCUACUGCCUUCUGCUACUCAUCAAGAAAAGACAAUAUCGCCAAAGAAUUCUCCCUCCAAAUGUCAAGGGAGGACAAACCGUCCAGUGUCUCUGGUGGCAGCUUCGACUCCCGUGGGUCGUCCUAGGAGGAGAACGGUGACAUACUCGCUGUCAUCCACCCCAUCCAACCAUCACAACGGCCCCAACUUGCCUAUACUAGAUUUCCAGCGGGCUGUGUGUGAAGAGCUUGCCAAAAGCUAUCAGAAGAAUAAGAAGUAUGACUGGAGCAUCAUCUCAAAGGUAGCAGAGGAUCAUCUUUUGGAUCGGGUGAUCGGAGGGCAGAUGGGCCGGGAGUAUGUCGACGUGUUUUCAUCGCUGCUGUCCAGGAACAUGAGAAGCAUCCUGACAAACAUCCUGGCCCUGCUGGGAGAUAUGGACCUCAUUAGCUGUAAGAAAGUGAGCAGGACAUGGAGGAGGAUCAUCUGUGAGGAUGCAGCAUCUCGGAGCAGGUGUGAAAGAGCCGAGUCGGCAUUCAGGGCGUCAAAGAGCUCUCUGAGCCAAAGCGGUCGCGGUCUGACAAGAGAUGUGGCUGUGUCCAGGGUCGUACUGUCCUGCAUGCAGACCCUGGCCUCCUCAAGCACUCCAUCAUCAUCUUCACACUCCUCUUCCUCAUCCACCCAUAGCUUCAGGGUCAACAGGCGGACGGCUCCCUCUCAGAAGUCCGGCAUGCCCGAUUCCCAAUGUACACGCUUCAAAGAAUACAUGCAGGCCGCCAGCAGUUUGAAGCAGCACGAGUCUCUGCGUCCCUGCAAGCUUUGCGGCUCGCCAGCAACACAUUUUGCCGAGGCUCAAAGGGCCAAGUGCACGCGCCCCAGCUGUCUCUUCGACUUCUGCACCCACUGCCAGGGGGCCUUCCACGGCUCGACCCCCUGCAGAGUGGUGCAGCCCCGACCCCACUUCCCCUCCAAGACGGCCCUGAUCGUACCAGGCAGCGCUCGCAGCAAGAAGAACAUCAGGCGCCUGUGACGGUGCUUUACUGAGGUUUUAUUCACUGACUGUUUUAACUGGGCGGAUCAUCCUUCUCUGGACUAACAGCGUUUUCCAUUUGGCUCCUUCCAAAGCUCGGACAGCUGGGAAAGGUUUUAUACAAGCUGUUACAUGCUGAACUUCGGCUCUACCUUACUGAAUCAAUGGACUGAAGCACUUCAAUCACAAUCAACCAGAAAGUGUUAUCUGGCUAAAACUGUUGUCGUCUGUGAGCGACAAACAUAUCUGAUGCCAAAAAAAGAGAGCAAUGCAGACUGAUGCGAUUUAAAUUGUACAGUUUUUAUUUUGUUUUAAAAUGAAAUGGAUGUUUAUAUCUAUAUAAUCACUUUUAAAUAGUUUUGUAUAAUUUUUUUAAAAAUAAAUGUUGAUCCUCAGGAGGUCUUUAAAUGUUCAUAUUUACUGUAUUUGUAUUUCCUGUAAAUAGAUGUUUCAUAAAACAUA